AAUUGACAGUAUCAGAGCGGAGGACUCGAUGGAUGUGGGCGUGGUCAUGCUGUUCUACGGUCUGUACUACGGAGUGAUGGGACGCGACUUUGCUGAAAUCUGCUCUGAUUACAUGGCGUCCACCAUCGGGUACUAUAACACGGGCGGGAUGCCGUCUCGCAGUCUAUGCCAUGACGUCUGCGCCGUGUGCGGACAGAAGACGCUAGUGGACGUUGACGAGGAGGGCGUGAUCGAGGACACGUACCAGCUCUCCUGCAAUCACAUAUUUCAUGAGUUCUGCAUUCGCGGCUGGUGCAUUGUGGGUAAGAAGCAGACGUGUCCGUACUGCAAUGAGAAAGUCGACCUGAAGAGAAUGAUGAACAACCCGCACACGGACUCACACAGAGAGGCAGCGUUCAGGUUCAUCUCCACUUUUGGCAUGUGA